AUGUCUGCUGAGAAGAAACCAAAGAAGAAGAAGGAGGAGGUGAAUGGCACGACAGAUGCCAAGUCAAAUGGAACUGAAGCUAAGCCCAAAAAAACAAAGAGCAAAAAGAAUGAGGAUGUGUCUGGAGAGGAAAGCCCUGCCAUCCAAAAUGGAAAGAAGGUGAAGAAAAAGAAACCAGAAAAAGACAAAGAAGAUCCUGAGAAAGAAAAAGAAAAGGUGCCAAAGAAGAAAACCAAAAGUGUACCAAAGAAAAAGAAAAGUUCAGACACAGAAGACGACGAUGAUAAUGAUGAAGAUGAGGAGACGCCAAAGAAGAAAACUGAGAAGAAGACCACAAAGGAUAGUCCCCCUGCGAGUUCAGCCAAGGAGAAGAAAUCUAAAUCUAAAGACGAUAAAGACUCUGAUGGAAAAGAGAAGAAAUCUAAGUCAAAGGAUAAAGACAAGAAGAAGGAGCCAGCGUCUAUGUUCCAGAUAAAUGGAGACAAAGACUCUAAAAGCAAGAAGAAAGCUGUCAAAUCAGACAGCGAUGACAGUGAAGAAGAGACCAAGUCGAGUAAGACAAAGAAGAAAGCCAGUACCGGCUCAGCCCUCAUGUUCCAGACCGGAGCAGAUAAGGACAAAGAUAAGAAGACAAAAAAGAAAGGAAAAGCAGAAGAGAGUGACGAAUCUGACUCAGAAAAAGAAGAUAAAUCAAAGAAGAAGAAGGGUAAAGGGAAGAAGAAAAAGGAGAGAGCUCCUUCACCUGAGAUUGAAUUUGACAACUUGGAGGAGUUUGUCAUGCAGCCCGCUCCACAAGGCGUGACGGUCAAAUGCCGCGUGACUCGGGACCAGAGGGGGAUGGAUAAAAGUCUUUACCCCACGUAUUACCUUCACCUUGACAAUGAAAAAAAGACGUUUUUGUUGGCUGGGAGAAAACGAAAGAAAAGCGCAACUUCAAAUUACCUUAUUUCUAUUGACGCUACUGAUUUAUCGAGAGGCGGGGAGAAUUUCGUUGGAAAAUUGAGGUCAAAUCUGAUGGGAACUAAGUUCACCGUGUUCGACAACGCUCUGAAUCCAGAAAGAGCUCUGCCGGAUAUGUCCAAUGCACGCCAGGAGUUAGCUGGCAUCAUCUACGAAACCAAUGUCUUAGGAAUGAAAGGUCCCAGAAGGAUGGCCAUAAUCAUCCCAGGAAUGAACAAGGACAGUGACCGAGUGCCUCUUCGACCCAGAAAUGAUUGUGAUGGUUUGUUGAUGAGGCACCAAAACAGGAGGAUGGAAAAUCUAAUUGAGCUUCAUAACAAGACACCUGUCUGGAAUGAAGAAACAGCAUCCCACGUGCUGAACUUCAAUGGCAGAGUCACCCAGGCCUCUAUCAAGAACUUCCAAAUUGUCCACAGCAAAGAUUUGGACUACAUUGUCAUGCAGUUUGGACGAAUAGCCGAUGACAUUUUCACGCUGGACUUCAACUACCCAAUGUGUGCCGUGCAAGCCUUCGCCAUCGCACUCUCCAGCUUUGACGGCAAAAUUGCCUGUGAAUAA